GACAUUUUUGGCAACGCAGAAUUUAUUUUUUAUACAAGAAAACUUGGGAUUCCGUUGAAACACUGACUCUAACGAAACAAAGCACACAAAAAUUCGUCAAUAUCAAAUCUAUUAGGCUUGGCGAUUGAGCUGAGCACACGUUAUCACUUACGAAUUUCCGAAAGCUAAUAUGACUUCCUCACGUUACGAUAGCAUCAUUGUUCUUUUCGUCCUAUCCAUCUUUACAUUCACAAAUAUUGUCCAAGGCAUGUUUUCUAUCACUCUGCCUCAAGUAAUGACAGGCGGAGGCCCAGUCAACCCAACUGAGACAAGCAGUUCUCACCUCCGCUCCUACUUUUCACCCAGCUCAAGUACCACGACUUGGACAUCUGCAUCCUCAGUUUAUACUCAAAUUCUGCCUGGUUGCUGCUUUCGGAGUAAUGGAAUUCCAGGACCAUGUGAGACUCAAUCCACAUGUAAGCCACAAACAGGAACUGCAGCAAUGUCAACACCAGCACCAACCUCGAACCCUACCGUACCAGCAACUUCGAAUAAUAGUCCAAGCCCAAGUCGCAGUUCGGGAUGGCGGAGUAUGGAGCUGGAUACCUUUCUGAUGCGAUCGUUGGCUGUGUUGGGAAUACUUUCGACGGCCAUGGUUCUUUGAGAUUGAUAGCCGGUGAACUUCAUCUGUUACUGUUGAAAAGCUAUAUGUGGAAAACACUGGAAGUUAUCCAGAUAUAGCUUGAGAGGAGAUUA